GGCCGGGCGGCAGUCGCGCGCCGGCCGCCGACGAGAGAGGGUCGCACGCGAGCGCUGCCAUGGCGCGAUGAAGACGUGCGGGCGCGCGGCGUUUUGCUGGGCCCUGCUGUGCCUCGCUGGCAGCCUGGCGGCGCCGCGCCGCCUCUACUGCGAGCGGGCGGACGUCGCCUGGCGCGCCUACAGAGCCCCGGCCGCCUUCGAGGCCCGUGUGCAAUCCCUGGCCGAGGACGCCGCCACCGUGCAGGUGCGCCGGGUGCUCCGCCGGCAGGGCCGCUGGCCGCGAGAGGACGCUGUCCUGCGGCUGAGACUGCCCCGGGACUCGCUCCAGUGUUCGGGACGAUUCGAAGUGCCCUUGGAGAACCACAGGAACUAUAUCGUGUUUGCGGAGAGGAGGGGUCACGCCGCGGUGGCGCUCGGCCCUCCGUUGAGACGAACCGGCAAAUUGAUCAGGAGGAUCCGAGCGGUCUACAAGCCUGGUUACAGUAGCCCCGCUCGGAUAGAGCCAAUGCAAUCUGUUCGUAUUUCUCGAGGAAGUAGAGUGAAAUUGGAGUGUCGAGCCAGUGCUCGUCCUCCGCCGAGGAUAUCAUGGUACAGGGAUGGCCGGCCAGUCGCCGAAAUCGCACUCAGGCGGUUCCGGGUGCAAAAUUAUAGACGUCGCUCGAUCCUCGUGAUCCGCCACGCUCGUCGCGAGGACUCCGCCACAUACGAGUGUCGAGCCCAGGGCGCUAUAGGACCUCCUGCUGUAACCAGCGCUAAUGUCAGCGUCGUGGCACCAGUCGCCACCGCACCGGAUACUUCGAUCCUCGGCGCCCCUUGUCCGAUGCCUGACCCAGCCUCGUACUGUCUGAAUGGAGGCACUUGUUUAUUCUUUGAGCUCGUUCAAGAGCAAGCUUGCAAAUGCCCGGAAGGCUUCAACGGGCAACGCUGCGAAAAUAAGGACGUGUCAAAUAGGAGCAGUAUGUAUCAUUCCUACACAUGCAAACUGGGCCUCUCCACGUCCUACUACUGCUAGCCAGCGUAGCCGAUACCCACCUCGUUCCAAUUAUAUAUUAGCACUGUUCAAAUUUCCCGCGCUCUCUCGGACUUGGAAGAUAUUUUUUUUUUCGAUGCGACAAUUUCCAGCCAUCAUCUAAAGAGAUUUUAUGCAGAAAAUAUUUACCUAGUCCGUGCGCAUUUUGUAGCGUAAUAGAGAAAGCUUCAAUAUAUAUAAUUUGUUGCAUUACAGCGACUUUCUGUUAUGGGGCCAGCUGUUUGCAUGCCCAUUUUUAUAUAUUUUAUUAGAAACUCUUGUAUCUCGAAAUCGAUACGAGAAUACAUGCAGCUUCUAUAGUGUGUCGUAAAAUUAUUAGACGUCCAUUAUUAUUAUUUUUUUUUAACAAUAAUAACAAAAGUAAUAAUUAUUUUUUUGCUUUAUAACCACAAAGUUCUUAGCAAAAGCUUUAAACUAUUAUAGAUAAAUAUAAAAUGUAUUAUAUAAAUAGCUGGCCCAGUGAGAUUAUAAUGUUAAGUUAACGUUAAUAUUAAAUUUAUUAUGCAUUUUAGAUCAUCAUAGUUCAAUAAAAUACUAUUUAUAGAGCCUUCCGUAAAAUCAUUUAGAAAAAAUAAUAUCAGAUUCGUUUUAUGUCUAUACAAAGUUGUAAAUAUUUUACACAUAUUUGUAGUUUUGCAAUUUUUACAUUGUUAUUUACUAAGGUUUGAUAACUCAUUAUAGGUUAAUUUUAUUCUGAUAAAGAGACUUGCAAGUUUUGUACAUAUCUUUUAGGGUAAGAUUUUUUACAUUAUUAAUAUUAACAAAACACAUUCAAAUGCGAAUUCCUUAACAGUAUCAAAAUCUACUUACAUUGUCUGAGUUAAAUUUAGGCAAAAUUUUCUUUUUCUCGAGAAAUUAUAUCUGCUAACGGCCGGUUUCUAUUCAUACAAUCAAACAUUAAUUCAUUCAUUCAUUCUUGAAUAUAUCUAUCCAUACGCAAAGAUUUUUGUUAUAAUACUGUCAUUUCGUCUCGUUCAUUCGUUAGUUAGUUACACCUUUGAAAUAGAAUACAGACUUAAUUUUAUCACAGUUCCCGACUUAACUGUGACUCACGCGUCCAUUAAACAGCAGUUUUUCUUAAUAUUAAGAAUCAUUUCAACAAUACUUAUUUAUUUAAAUCACUAUAACCGACAUUUAGUUUUUUAUUGGAACCGGCUUUCAGGCUUUUUAAAAUUUUCUGCGAAACCGGACAAACUCCAGCUAGUCAAAUAGCAGUUUUAAUUCAUAAAAUCUAGACUAUAUAAAUAAAUUAUUAUAUUAAUAGUGUCGAUAUUUGGAUGAAUGGUUGUGGAUAUAGCGACUUUAUCAUCUUAUGUACUUACAUCGCUACAUGGGACCGAUAUUUAUUCAACAGAUGGCUUCGUCCUAGUUUAACUAUUAUUUCAUUUUGUAUAAAGUUCUUGAUUAAGUGCAUUAUUUAUAUGUAAUUUAACUAGAAAGGGGUCUAUUUAUUAUUAAAUGCAGAUUGAGGGUUAUAGGGCAUUACAGCACAGGUAAAGUGACGUCAAUGCUGCAACAUUAUUAUUUUUCUUUUAUAACACCAUUAUUUUGGGUGAAAGCCUUCACUUUUCUACUACUACUGUUUUCUGCUCAUCUUUGACGUCAUUUCACUUUUUUUUAUUUGUAGUCUCACAACAAAUACUAAGGUGCAAAAUAUUGUGUUAUGUUAUGUAAUGAAGAUACCAAAACUACAAUAAAAGAAUGAGUGUUGGAAUUAACAGAGAGACGAUAAUUUA